CCCCCAAGAGUGUGCAAUUCCCUGGCUAGAACCCUGCUGUGUGUUGUCUUCUUAUCAGAUUGAGAUUACGUAACCCCCAAGAGUGUGCAAUUCCCUGGCUAGAACCCUGCUGUGUGUUGUCUUCUUGUCAGAUUGUUCGUCACUGGUCAGUCCUCCGCGCACGCCCUCGUUCACACACGGCCUGCGUUGGGUACGACGGCCGUACCAUUCGACCAGGCCCAGCUGAAGAACUCUCCGUCCAGUGUCGGCGGUGUGGUUCGCUGCUUCACCUGCGAGGAUCUCAACGUCGGCGCUCGGUCACCGCGUCUGCAACCCAAGACAAGAGGGCUGGCUUCCAUGGUGGAGUGCUCGGACAACAAUGCUCGCACUAUCGUGUUUCGUCCCAGCGAUCUGGACUUUGGCGAGGUCAUCGGCAGAGGAUUUUUCGGCCAAGUGCUGCGCGUAACUGAUAGAUCGACAGGAACUGUGAUGGUCAUGAAGGAACUCUUACGUUUCGACAACGAGGCACAGCGGAACUUCCUCAAAGAGGUUUCGCUGCUGAAAAGUUUAGAUCAUCCGAAUGUCAUGCAUUUCGUUGGUAUCAUGUAUCGCAAUAAGAAGCUGCAUCUCAUCACCGAGUAUGUGGGAGGUGGUACUGUCGCAGAUCGUCUACAGAACAAGGAGGAGGAGUUAUCCUGGCUUCUGCGAGUCGGCUUUGCAUCCGACAUCUCCACUGGAAUGGAUUACCUUCACAAGAACAAGAUCAUCCAUCGUGACCUGACAUCAAACAAUUGUCUAAUUCGACUUGAUGACACGGUUGUUGUCGGAGACUUUGGACUGGCUCAUCAGGAGAAGAAUCGCGUCGAGAGAUCAUCUCAGCUAUGUACUGCCGUCGGAUCUGCAUACUGGAUGGCACCGGAGAUGAUGAAAGGGUUGACGUACGAUCAGAGAGCUGAUAUCUUCUCCUUUGGUAUCAUUCUGUGUGAGAUCAUUGGUCGUGUGUCAGCUGAUCCAGACUACCUGCCCCGUUCUCUGCCUGAUUUCGGUCUGGACGAGGAAACAUUUCGGCGCGACUUGCUCGGCACUUGUCCUGAACACUUCUUCGAAGUAGCACUCGAGUGUUGCCAAACUAAUCCUCUGAAUAGGCCACCGUUUCCUUCGACAUGCCUCUACCUGAAUCACCUGUACAAUACCAUUCAGUUUGAGAUGGACUUCACGCAGAGCUUCAAGCAGUUCUACACCGGCCGUCGGCGCAUCAAGAGCAACCAUUCCAUCUCGCUGUCCAGGGCGUCGAUGAAGACAGCCAGGUCGCUUUGAGGGAAGGUGGUUCGGUGGUGUGCAUGGGCAUGGACAUCAAGACGGGCACUGUGCUGGGUACAUGACAUAUUAGCGCUCCGCUUGCUGCGCAAUCAAUGCCUUGUGAUCCACGUUCAGUAGCUUGUCAGUCGGCUCUCAAUGUGUUCUCAGCAUGCUGAGUGGCUGGGUGCGCUGUGACAGCUGCUGCUAAGAGUGCGUGAGCAUAUGUGUGUGCAUGUGUGUGUGUGCGUGUGUGUGUAUGUGUAUGUGUGUGUGUGU